AUGCGCUGCUUCAUCACCGCGGGUUUUCUCUGGAUUCUGUUGCAUCGGCUAGUAUUGUCCAUCGACACAACGCAAGUAGGCGCACGCACGCUGAAACGAAAUGAUGAGCGGGAAUCGGAACACAAUCAUGACUUACCGCCCUUGGAUCAGCGCUUCCUGUCGGUGCUACAUCUACUGGUGCAAACCCAUCGCCACGGCGACGGGCUGCAGGAUGCUGACGCUGAUGCUAUAAAGCUUCGCGACGUGCUCAAAGCUCUGGACAACUUUGUACUUUCCUUACUAACUGCGCGGUCCUACCUUGGCCUCGCGCACGUACCUGAGCUGGAGGAUCCCUUAACGGCUCCACUGUUGACUGCGCUGAAAAAGCGCGUCCCAGCUAAACAGCAAGACGCGGCAAAGCUACUGCGAAGUAUUCUGCUGUGGCUGGUACACCUUCGGUCGUACAACGGUACGGACAGAUCUGGAUCCAUUUCCGCGUCCGGGCUCGGGCUUGGAUCUGGCUCGGGCUUGGAUCCCAAAUCCUCGGCCUCAGCGUCGACAGCGAUGUGGCGCGAUGUGGCGCGUACUUUGCUAAUGCUGUUUCGACUUCAUCGGGGCGGCAUGCGCUCCCGGCCAGGCUUGGAGUUCCUGCACGUCAGCAAAGCCGCCGGGACCAGCAUGUGCCGCCUGGCAGAGGUCUCCGGCUGUCGCGCCCAGGACUUCAGCAUGGGUCGCACGUGCAUCAUGCGGGACUUUGACGACCAGCCCCGCUGGAUCAACGGCACCCACCACUGGACGCUCAUCGCACCGGCUGCGGAACCCUGGGGAUCGCACCCCUACGCCUUCCUGCUUUACGGCGUGCCCCGACAUCCCAAACGAAAACGCACCUGCUCCGCUCGGCUGGCGGCGCUGGAGAAGUACCGACUCAACUUCUUCGCCAAUGAGUACACCAUUUACAACGACCGAACAAUGUACGAGGAGCCUGUCCUCAAUGAGGCGACCGGGGAUGCUCUGUCUGCCGACGCAAGCACAGAUGACGAUGUUCCGCCUUCACCGCCAUCGCCGCGCGCUCCACCUUCACCGCCGUCGCCGCCAGCGCCGCCGCAGGACCCCGCGGAGCGCUUCAUGUCCCACCUCAAGUUUAUCGCCCAAACGUACGGCACCAUGUACAAGUGGCCGGGCAUCGCGAAGGCGUUUGCGCCAGGUCGCAACUCGGCGGAGUGGUGGCGGGCGUUUGUUCCGGCGCUAUUUGACAAUUAUAUGCUGCGAUCGCUGGGCGGAGAGGCUGUCUUUGCAAUGUCGUACGAGAGCCUGGAAAAAGGCGCUGCGUCGUAUAUGAUGCUUGCAAAGGCUGUGCUGGCACAGUACGACUCGAUAUUGGUCCUGGAGGUUGACGAAGGCGCCCAUCGCCGAGCCGUUCACUUCGGCCUGGCCUGGCGCCACCAGCUGACCGAGUUCCAGUUGCGCAAUUCAUCUUCGCUGCUGAAGAAGCUGCAGGAUAUGCAAGUUGGCGCGCAGCUGGGGGCGUUACUACCGGAUGAGGCCUUGAUGGAGCACCUGGUUGAAGAUGCUGUUCGGUACGACAAUGAAUUGUACUCGUACGGAGCACUGCUGGCGGGACUUGACGACGUGGUAUGGGGGAUGGCGGAGGCGGCGCUGGGUGAGCCUAUGCCUGGAUUUUGGACCAGUGAAGAUGGAUAUCGAUGCGGAUAUAUACGGACUCCGGAACGCCCUCCUGCAGCGCCAAGAGAGCCACCUGUGCCUGCGCCACCGCCGAUUGGAUAGGCUGCCUGGUGCAGGUGGCAUUUGUCAAGCAUAAUGUGCUUACGUUAUUGUGCCAUGCAUUAAGGAAUAUGUAUAGAGGAUAUAUAAUGUGACAUGAUAUGACAAUAUGCUGUGUGUUUUUUACAUGCCAUAUAUGAGAUACUUAGUGACUUUAAUAAGCAUGUUUUAAGGCAAAUAUGGUGAGCGUAGUUAUAUUUUUAAAUGGAGAUGUAAGAUUGAAUGCUUC